AUGCUGGCUGAAGUCACACUCGGGCUUUCAUGGCCCAUACUAGGCGCUGUCAUCGCCGGACUAACCUUCGUCUACCUCGUGGUACUCCGACCCAUCUACAAUGUCUACUUCCACCCUCUCCGCAAAUACCCAGGCCCGAAACUAUGGGCAGCUUCCGUCCUCCCAUGGGGCUUUUCCUUCAUGGCCGGCAACAUGCACAACAGCCUGAUGGACAUCCACACAAAGUACGGCCCCAUCGUCCGCGUCGGGCCCAACGAGCUCUCCUACGCGAUCCCCGAGGCGUGGGACGACGUCUACGGCCGCUACCGCGCUGGCAAGCGCAAGGAGAACCAGAAGCCGUCGUGGUACCUCAGCAAAGAUGCCAACGACAUCCUCGGCGCCGCGACAGGCGACCACGGGCGCAUGCGCAAGAUCCUGAGCAAUGGCUUCACCACCAACGCCAUGUUGGAGCAGGAGCCGGCCAUCGCGGGAUACGUCGACCUGUUGAUCCUGCGCCUGAAAGAACGGGCUGAGGACGGCAAGGCCGCGAUCGAUCUGUGGCAGUGGUUCGUGUACUGCCUGUUCGACGUCACGGGCGACUUGUCGUUUGGCGAGCCGUUUGGAUGUCUGCGGGAGUCGAUGAUGCACCCUUGGAUCUCGUUUGUGCUGAGCAACAUCAAGUUGACAUACAUUAUUCUGCUGUGCACGCGUAUCCCGUUCUUCUUUUUCUUUGCCCCUGUGUUGGCGACGAUCAAGUUGGUGAGGGAGUACGCGCAGCACCGUAAAGUCUUGAGGGAGACGGUCGAUCGGAGGCUUGCGCUGAAUGUGGAGAGGCCUGAUCUGGUGCAGGUCAUGCUCACUCAAAAAGAUGGCUUGAAAAUGUCACAGGAAGAGAUCUACAGUAACGCUGUCACCUUAACCCUCGCAGGUGCGGAGACGACGGCAAGCGCCCUCUCAGGAAUCAUGUACAUGCUGGCGUCAUACCCGGAGGUCAAGGCCAAGCUCAUGAAGGAACUGCAAGACACAUUCAAGAGCGAAGAUGAGAUUAACAUGCGAAGCGCCAUGCAGCUACGUUACCUGGCUGCCGUCAUCGACGAGACGUUCCGGUACCACCCUCCCGGUCCGAAUGCAUUGUGGCGGACGACGCCUCCCGAGGGAAACUGGAUUCUUGGGGACUUUAUUCCGGGAAACACAAUUGUGGGCAUCCCGCAUCGCGUCAUGUACCGCAGCGAAGCCAAUUUCAAGCGUGCCGACGAGUUCAUCCCCGAGCGAUGGCUCGCCGACAGCAAGACUUCCGAGUUCUCCACCGACCGGCGAGAAGGGUUCCACCCGUUCUCGUACGGUCCUCGCAACUGUAUUGGGUUGAAGUGA